AUGGCUGACCGGAGCGCGCCGAGCUGCCACCUGCGGCUGGAGUGGGUCUACGGCUACCGGGGUCAUCAGUGCCGCAACAACCUCUACUACACGGCGGCCAAGGAGAUCGUCUACUUCGUGGCGGGGGUCGGCGUGGUCUACAGCCCCCGGGAGCACCGGCAGAAAUUCUACCUGGGGCAUCAGGACGACAUCAUCAGCCUUGCUUUGCAUCCUGAACGUGUGUUGGUGGCAACAGGUCAAGUUGGGAAGGAACCAUACAUCUGUGUGUGGGAUUCAUACACUGUGCAAACCGUAUCUGUUCUAAAAGAUGUUCACACACAUGGUAUAGCUUGCUUGGCCUUUGAUUUAGAUGGUCAGCGCUUGGUCUCAGUUGGUUUGGAUUCGAAAAACACAGUUUGUGUAUGGGACUGGAGAAAAGGAAAAUUGUUAUCAAUGGCUCCUGGUCAUACAGAUAGGAUAUUUGAUAUUUCUUGGGAUUUAUACCAGCCAAACAAGCUCGUCAGUUGUGGCGUAAAACACAUCAAGUUCUGGAGCUUGUGUGGCAACUCAUUGACACCAAAACGUGGUGUUUUUGGCAAGACUGGUGAUCUCCAGACUAUACUGUGCCUCGCCUGUGCAAGGGAUGAAGUGACAUAUUCUGGUGCAUUGAAUGGAGAUAUAUAUGUAUGGAAGGGAAUCAACCUUGUACGGACAAUACAGGGAGCACAUGCUGCAGGAAUUUUCAGCAUGAAUGCAUGUGAAGAAGGGUUUGCCACUGGUGGCAGGGAUGGCUGUGUUCGCUUGUGGGACUUAAAUUUUAAACCAAUUACUGUGAUUGAUCUCAGGGAAACAGACCAGGGAUAUAAAGGUCUCUCUGUAAGAAGUGUUUGCUGGAGAGGAGACCAUAUACUCGUCGGGACACAAGAUAGUGAAAUUUUUGAAAUUGUGGUGCAUGAGCGUAAUAAGCCUUUCCUGAUAAUGCAGGGGCACUGUGAAGGAGAGCUGUGGGCUUUGGCUGUCCAUCCUACAAAACCCCUGGCCAUGACUGGAAGCGACGAUCGUUCUGUCAGAAUUUGGAGUUUAAUAGACCAUGCUCUGAUUGCCCGGUGCAACAUGGAGGAACCCAUUCGCUGUGCUGCGGUUAGUACUGAUGGAAUCCAUCUCGCUCUUGGAAUGAAGGAUGGCUCUUUCACUGUGCUUCGGGUCAGAGAUAUGACUGAGGUUGUUCAUAUCAAAGACAGGAAAGAAGCUAUUCAUGAACUCAAAUAUUCUCCAGAUGGGAAUUUCCUAGCUGUUGGUUCCAAUGACAGCUCUGUGGAUAUAUAUGGUGUUGUUCAACGAUACAAGAAAGUUGGGGAAUGUAUUGGAUCUUUAAGUUUCAUCACGCAUAUGGAUUGGUCUUCAGACAGUAAAUACUUACAGACCAAUGAUGGCAAUGGAAAGAGACUUUUUUACAGAAUGCCAAGUGGAAAAGAAGUAACAAACAAAGAGGAAUUGAAAGGCAUUCAGUGGGCAUCAUGGACCUGUGUUUCUGGCUUUGAAGUUAAUGGAAUCUGGCCCAAAUAUUCAGAUAUAAAUGAUAUAAAUUCUGUGGAUGCGAAUUUUAUUGGACAAGUUAUGGUUACGGCUGAUGAUUAUGGAAUAGUAAAACUCUUUCGAUACCCAUGUCUGAGAAAAGGAGCAAAGUUUAAAAAAUAUCUUGGUCAUUCGGCUCACGUGACAAAUGUCAGAUGGUCGCAUGAUCACCAGUGGGUUGUUUCCAUCGGGGGAGCUGAUCAUUCUGUCUUUCAGUGGAAGUUUGUCCCCGACCGGAAGUUGAAGGACACUCUUCAUAUAGCACCCCAAGAGAGUCUGGUUGAUUCUAAUAGUGAUGAAUCAGAUUCAGAUCAGUCUGAUGUUCCAGAGCUGGACUCUGAAAUUGAACAAGAGACACAGAUCACCUAUCGUCGACAGGUUUACAAAGAAGAUCUACCUCAACUUAAAGAGCAAUGCAAAGAAAAAAGAAAAAGUGCAGCUUCUAAGAGACGUGAGCGAGCUCCAGGGAACAGUAUAAGACUACACUUUGUUCAUGGUUACAGAGGUUACGACUGCCGAAGCAAUCUCUUUUACACUCAGACGGGUGAAAUUGUAUACCAUGUGGCAGCAGUGGGAGUGGUGUACAACCGGCAGCAGAACACACAGCGCUUUUAUCUGGGUCACGAUGAUGACAUCCUUUGCCUUGCUAUUCAUCCCUUAAAGGACUACGUGGCAACAGGCCAGGUUGGUCGAGAUUCCUCAAUACACAUUUGGGAUACAGAAACAAUAAAGCCACUCUCAGUAUUAAAGGGCUAUCACCAGUAUGGUGUUUGUGCUGUUGAUUUUUCAGCGGAUGGGAAACGUUUGGCUUCUGUUGGAAUAGAUGACAGUCACACUAUUGUACUCUGGGAUUGGAAGAAAGGAGAAAAGCUUUCAGCAGUAAGGGGAAGCAAAGAUAAGAUUUUUGUUGUUAAGAUUAAUCCCUACAUGCCUGAUAAAUUGAUUACAGUUGGAAUUAAACACAUGAAAUUCUGGCGGAGAGCAGGAGGAGGACUAAUUGGGAAAAAGGGCUGCAUAGGUGCUUUGGGAAGAACCGACACAAUGAUGUGUGCAGUAUAUGGCUGGACUGAAGAGAUGGCGUUCUCUGGAACCUCCACGGGGGAUGUGUGUAUUUGGAGAGAUGUGUUUCUCAUAAAAACUGUCAAAGCACAUGAUGGUCCUGUGUUCAGCAUGCACGCAUUGGAAAAAGGCUUUGUCACUGGAGGAAAGGAUGGGGUAGUAGCUCUCUGGGACGAUACCUUUGAACGUUGUCUCAAAACCUAUGCCAUCAAAAGGGCUGCUCUGGCUCCUGGAUCUAAAGGUCUCCUCUUAGAAGAUAAUCCUUCGAUACGUGCCAUAUCGUUAGGACAUGGUCAUAUUCUAGUGGGCACAAAGAAUGGUGAAAUAUUGGAGGUGGAUAAAAGUGGACCAAUAACUCUGCUGGUUCAGGGUCACAUGGAGGGGGAAGUUUGGGGUCUAGCUACUCAUCCUCAUUUACCUAUUUGUGCCACUGUAAGUGAUGACAAAACCUUAAGAAUAUGGGAUUUAUCUCCUAGCCAUUGUAUGUUAGCUGUUCGCAAAUUGAAAAAGGGAGGCAGAUGUUGCUGCUUUUCUCCUGAUGGAAAAGCAUUAGCUGUUGGUCUCAAUGAUGGAAGUUUUUUGAUAGUUAAUGCAGAUACCCUAGAGGAUUUAGUCUCUUUCCAGCACAGGAAAGAUGUUAUUUCAGAGAUCAGAUUUUCUCCUGGGGCUGGAAAGUACUUAGCUGUGGCAUCCUGUGACAACUUUGUAGAUAUUUACAAUGUGAUGAGCAGUAAAAGAGUAGGAAUCUGCAAGGGAGCCUCCAGCUAUAUCACGCACAUGGACUGGGACAUAAGAGGGAAACUUUUGCAAGUCAACACUGGUGCUAAAGAGCAGUUGUUUUUUGAAGCCCCUCGUGGGAAAAAACAGACCAUUCCUAGUUUGGAGGUAGAAAAGAUUGGCUGGGCAUCAUGGACAAGUGUUUUGGGCUCUUGCUGUGAAGGGAUCUGGCCAAUUAUUGGUGAAGUCACAGAUGUAACUGCUUCAUGCCUCACUAGUGAUAGUAAAGUAUUAGCCACAGGAGAUGAUUUUGGAUUUGUGAAACUCUUUCGCUACCCUGCUAAAGGAAAGUUUGGUAAAUUUAAGAGGUAUGUUGCUCACAGUACCCAUGUGACAAAUGUCMGAUGGACCUAUGAUGACAGUCUGUUGGUCACUGUUGGAGGAGCAGACACCUCUUUAAUGCUGUGGACUUACGAGAUGGAAGGACAUCGGGACAGCAGGCAGUGUGACAGUGAAGAGUCUGAUCUAGAUUCUGAAGAAGAUGGAGGUUAUGACAGCGAUGUGACAAGGGAAAAUGAAAUUAAUUACACCAUCAAAGCCUUAUCAACAAACAUUAGACCAAUGUUUGGAAUUAAGCCUCAUCUGCAACAAAAGGAGCCAACCUUAGAUGAAAGACCACCAGUUAGUAGGGCAUUGCCACAGCCGGAGAAGCUUCAGACCAAUAAUGUGGGGAAAAAAAAGAGACCUAUAGAGGACCUAAUUUUGGAGCUGGUAUUUGGGUAUCGAGGCAAAGACUGCAGAAACAAUGUUCACUAUUUGAAUGAUGGUGCUGAUGUCAUUUAUCACACGGCGUCUGUUGGGAUUUUGUAUAAUGUGGCAACAGGCUCUCAGUCAUUUUACCAGGAACACAAUGAUGAUAUUUUGUGCCUCACUGUGAAUCAGCAYCCCAAGUUUACCAACAUAGUGGCAACUGGCCAAGUAGGAGACUCAGCAGAUAUGUCAGCUACAGCUCCUUCUAUUCACGUGUGGGAUGCGAUGAACAAGCAGACACUGUCGGUACUGCGGUGCUACCAUUCCAAAGGCGUUUGCUCCGUCAGUUUCAGUGCCACKGGCAAACUGCUGCUGUCCAUAGGGCUGGAUCCCGAACACACCAUUACCAUUUGGAAGUGGCAGGAAGGUGCCAAAAUUGCCAGCCGAGCUGGUCAUAACCAGCGUAUAUUUGUAGCAGAAUUCAGACCAGAUUCAGAUACACAGUUUGUUUCCGUGGGAGUAAAACAUGUGAGGUUCUGGACACUGGCUGGAAGAGCUCUCCUCAGUAAAAAAGGGCUGCUGAGCUCCAUAGAAGAUGCCCGCAUGCAGACAAUGCUUUCUGUAGCUUUUGGAGCGAAUAACUUGACAUUUACAGGUACUAUCAGUGGAGAUGUUUGUGUUUGGAAAGAUCAUGUGUUGAUACGAAUUGUGGCCAAAGCUCACAACGGACCUGUUUUCACAAUGUACACCACACUGAGGGAUGGUUUGAUUGUUACAGGAGGCAAGGAAAGGCCUUCAAAGGAAGGAGGAGCAGUUAAGCUGUGGGAUCAGGAGCUGAAACGCUGUCGUGCCUUCAGACUGGAGACAGGACAGAUGACAGACUGUGUUCGCUCUGUUUGCAGAGGCAAGGGGAAAAUUCUCGUUGGGACAAGAAAUGCUGAAAUAAUUGAAGUUGGAGAGAAAAAUGCUGCAUGUAACAUUCUAAUUAAUGGUCACAUGGAUGGACCAAUCUGGGGCCUAGCAACGCAUCCGUCCAGAGAUUUUUUCCUUUCUGCUGCAGAAGAUGGCACAGUAAGACUCUGGGAUAUUGUUGAAAAGAAGAUGCUGAACAAAGUCAGCUUAGGACACGCAGCUCGUACUGUUUGUUACAGCCCAGAAGGUGAUAUGGUAGCUAUUGGCAUGAAAAAUGGAGAAUUUAUUAUCCUUCUUGUGACCUCUCUGAAAAUUUGGGGGAAAAAACGGGACAGAAGAUCAGCAAUUCAGGAUAUCAGGUUUAGCCCAGAUUCUCGUUACCUAGCAGUUGGUUCCAGUGAGAAUGCAGUGGAUUUUUAUGAUCUGACUUUGGGUCCCACACUAAAUCGAAUCAGCUAUUGCAAAGAUAUCCCAAGUUUUGUGAUCCAGAUGGACUUCUCUGCCGAUAGCUCUUAUCUCCAGGUCUCUACAGGGUCUUACAAGAGGCAAGUGUAUGAAGUGCCUUCAGGAAAGCAGCUUGUGGACCAGACUGUGAUUGACAGAAUAACUUGGGCUACUUGGACAAGUGUUCUGGGGGAUGAAGUAAUUGGAAUCUGGUCCAGGCAUGCUGARAAAGCUGAUGUGAACUGUGCUUGUGUCUCUCACUCGGGAAUCAAUCUCGUAACAGGCGAUGAUUUUGGCAUGGUCAAACUGUUUGACUUUCCAUGUCCUGAAAAAUUUGCAAAACACAAACGGUUUUUAGGUCACUCUGCCCACUUAACUAAUAUUCGAUUCACAAGUGGAGACAGAUAUGUGGUCAGUGCUGGAGGGGACGACUGCAGCUUAUUUGUUUGGAAGUGUGUGCAUAUGCCUCACUGAGAGGGACAUGGAGACUUGCAAAGGGGACACUGCAUGAAGUACCAGGCAUGAAAUACCCAGGAUUGCAACGUGACGUUCCACUGUGCCCUGCAUGCGUAAGAAAUGACCCAAGACACAGAGCAAUGUGUCUCUGAACGACCUGGAGCUCCUGGAGUCUGCCAGAAGGAUGGACUGUCACAGAGACACUGAGGCUGCUUUGGUGUCAGAUAAUCCGGGUUUGUAUUCCACUCACUGCCAGAUGUUGAAAACAAAAUAUGCGGAUGAAAGGAAAAAGUGAAUUGUUAAUCAAUGURCAGUUUCACAGCAAGUUCUUGGGGUUUUAAUCAAGAGAUGCUAUUUCUGACCUAAUGCUGUACAUUGAUCUCUUUUCAGCAUGAAUGUUUUUCCUUUAAGUUUUGAGGUCUAAAUAGGAUAGAUAAAAAGAGUAUUCCAUAUUUUAUUACUGAGAGAGAGAGAGACCAUAUAUUAACUCUGAAAUAUAUAGUAUUUUAAUAAAUGUUUAAUUAUUAUAAGGGAAAUUAUAUUUCUAUGGUUGGUCAAAAGGAAACAUCAUCUGGUGAAGCAGAAAAUAAUAGAGCUGAUUCYUUAUGACUGAAAUAUUUCUGUAUUUAGAGGCCUGGGUCACAGUCAUGUCUGGUGAAAGCCGUUGGAUAUGCAUGAUCUUCAUGGCUAAUUUAGUGUUUUUGUUGCACUUAAACAUUAAAUUAGUUCUAUGAGCAAAAAUAUAUUUGCUCACUUUGCGAGUGCCUUGCCCACUACCUAAAAGUCUAACUCCAAUUUUUGCCUUGUGAAUAAAAGUAUUCUCAGUGGAAGAGAGAUUAUUGCUGUGUUACUUGACUGGGCUGUGAGCCUCUCUGCUGGAAAUGUGGACCAGGGUGAGGAUUUUGUAGUUUUCUUGUCGAUAAAACUUGGGAUGUCACCAGUGGCAAAAAUAGAAUUUCAGAGCAAUAUGAACUGAUUUUAUUUUCUCAGCAUCAUAGGGGAGAUUCAGAGAGAAUAUAAACUUUGCAAGCAUUAUAUUUUAUACAUUUGAACUUUUUAACAGAGUUAGGACUAGCUGGGAGAUGUCUCUAUUCAGAUUUCUCUUCUGAUUGUAAAAAUGUCCAAUCAUCUGCUUCUUUGAAUGGACCCGCUGUCACCUCGAGCAUUUAUUCUAUCCUGCAACAUAACUGAGAUUCUAAGUUGGAGAAACAUUAAACAACAUAAACAAUAAAAACCCGAACAAAGCUGUGUUUUGAGUAGAAGUGAGGAAGAUUUYAUCAGCUGUUUGUCUAGAUUAUGUCACAGAGUAGCAUUAGAGACAGUUAAUUUUYAUGUAACAUAGCAGGGAUCAAAAGUCACUAAUGAUCAGCACUGUUGUCAUUGUGGCGUUCUGCUGUGAGCAGAAAGCUCUCUUUCCAUGUAAGCCAGCAUUGCUCUGACAGUGGCACCUGUUUAGGUCAUCAACAGGCUUUGGUGUUAUUCACCACUUGCAUUUUCUUAUGCCAGAUGAAAAAGAAAUAAACCUCAUCUCUUCCUGUGAUCAACUCGUGUGCGUGGUGGUUACAGAGGGAAUGGGAGGGCUUGCAGGUAGAAGGGAAGGAGAAAAGUUACAGAGCCAAAUUCCUGUGCUCUCCUUGUUGUGUGCUAUACAAAGCUAGUUAUCCACCUGUCUUAGGUAAUAUAUUUUAUAUAUCAAGCUGUGACAAAUAUUUAUUUUAAAGGAGUUGUUGAACUAAACAGUUAUCAGGUUUCUCAGCAUGAUGGUUCUUAGCAAAGUCUUGCCAGUCAUGCAGCUGCUAUUCUACAGGAGCAAAACUCUGAGGACUCUGUACACUCUUGCCAGUAAUGUUUAUGAGUUCAGGGGAAUUCCAUAUGAGAAUUGUGAUUAGACCUGAUGUAUCUCAUAACCUUGUUUCCUGCCUGUCUGUUGUACAUGAAAAUUAAUUCUCUGGCGUUUAAAUCUCCUCUUUACCAGAGAAAUGGUUUGCAGUGUGCUCUUCUGUAGCUGUGAUUUUGUCCCUUAUUAAACACAUCUGUGCAGGACUUUGGGACUUGGAGUAGGAUUUGUCCUGUCUCUCUUUUAAAGUUGCCUUUCAUUGGAUCAGGAUGGAUAAGUGUUAAGAGCUGCCUCUUAGUCUGUCCUACUCAGACUGCCAGAUCAGAGUCUCUGAUUUUUCUGUCUCUGAUUUUACCAUUCAAAAUCCUAGGCUCAGUGAGCUCUUCUGUAGGCCUUCACCAGUGAAGGAGGUAUGUGGAUCAAGAGGGUUUGUUCCUGAAUCCCUCUCGCUGCUCCUCUUCUCCUCCCUCCCCCUAMCCCCUUCAUUAAUGCUGUGCCUCUCCACUGAUAAUUUGUCCACUGGUGCUUUUCCCCUGAGGAAUCCCAAAGGCCACCCCAGAGCUGAAGGAUGAGCAGUAAGGGCUGGGUGAAUURCAGCAGGGCUGCCCUGGGAGGAGCAAGGCUGAGCCUCCAGCUCUCCCUGCUUCUCCACUCUCUUCCAAACCUCACUGCUGCUGUAGAGGGCUGAGAUGGGAGCUGGAAGCUGAGGAGCUCUUUAAAAACUAAACUGCCAGCACUGUUCCUCUUCUUGCAGCCCAUAUUGGUAGCCAGUGUUCUCCCUGGUGAAACUGCUUCAUGGUUUGCCAGAUAAAAUGGGGCAGCCAGCAGGGAAUGAUCACAAAUGUUGGAAAGGAGAGAGCAGAGCCUCAGCUGCAGUUUGGAGCAUUAAUGUCAUUGUGAUUCUCUGCUGAAGUGAAGAGCUGGCUGUCAGCUCGGUCCAAGUUGGCAGCUUUGUGGUGUUUUUGGUCUUUUUGUCUGUGAUGGUGCUUGCUACUGUGCCUCAUUUGCUGUUUACAUUAAAUGCUACUGUAGUAACUUGCUAAUUGUUGGCACCCGUGCUUGAAGCUGUGCACAUGGGAACAGGCUGCCUGUUCUGGUGGGCAGGCAGAGAAGUCAGAGGAUGACAGAACCCCCUAGGAUAGGUUGGGAAGGAGCUGGAAUGUGGAGGAACUCACUAGUGACAGCCUUUCAUCUGAAGCAUCACAGAGAGAACUGUGAGCAGGCGGGCUCUGCCUGAAGCUUCUCUCUUCUGUGGUCAUACAGCACCAGGGAAGGCCAGGAAAAGUUCUUUGUAUAAUUCARUCACUCAAAGUGGAUGAUUUUGUACUGUAGCUUGUCUUUUUGGUAGCAGCAAACAUACAUAUUUGGGAUCUUUAGUUAGCAAUAUUUUUAAUUAUAAAAGAUACUAACUAGAGAGCAGAUUCAAUUAAAAUAAAAUGACAUGUCASUUAAAAAAAAUGUGCCCUUGAAAGCCAUUAAGCAUGCUUAGAAAUAAGAGGAUAAGGAAAAUCCAGCUCCUAGGAGCAAGGAUAUAUUUAAAAUAAAUACAUUUAGAACUGGGAGUUGCCAUAGUGCAAGAAUUGAGAUACACAGUUGAGAAUCAAGUCAGAGCAAAUUAGUCAAAUAUGUUGAAUCAUUUAGACUUGAUUUUUUUUUUUUUUUAUUCUCAAGAAGGCAGUCAGCAUCUAUGACUUGCUGAUUUUGCUGGGGAAAGCAAGAAAUGCUGUGAAAUGAAGGGAUAGGAUUUUAGAAAAUUAGGGCUAUUUUAUCACUUGUUGACAGCAGUGGGAAAGCAUACAUUCAGAGCAACUAAUGACUUUGCUCUGUGUCAGGGUUUCAGUGUCAGCAAGAUUCAUUUCAGCAUAACUGAACUUUCUGCCAGUCAGGAAGAUGCUGCCCUGGAACUGUGCCAUCAGAAAGCAGGUSCACUGCAGGUGAGACAUCUCCUCAGUCUAAAAACAGUACCAAAUAAAGGACUUCAGUACCAAGAGCAGGACUUUGAUAGCAUUCAGGAAUGGCUUAGUUUAAAACCGUGAUCCACUUCUCUCAGCUGCUGCCUAAACCAUCUCAGCCCCACUCUUGGAGUUGCCCGUUUGCUGAGAGACCCCACACCCCUGAGCUGGCCCUGCAGCACCUCCCCCUCAGGAUCCCAACCCAUCCUGGGCUGGAUGUGCUGGGCAYAGUGGAAGAACAUUGUCCAAAACAUUUUGUGUUCUGUCAAUGUUUUGAACAAAGUGGAGCAUCCUGUAGACUCUACAGAAAGAAAAGCAAGGCYACAAGUCACAAAAUACAUUGCCACAUUAGUGAUGUAAACACCCCUAGUUGUAUUGCAUUUGUGUGCUUUUUUGUUCUUAUUGGUUUUUUAGGUUUCCUUGCGACCUGCUGUUUUUCUAAAAUUUUUAGCAGCAUUUGAUUUCUGCUCAUGUGGAUAGRUCCAUGUGCUUGCCAAAGCCUGCUGUCAUUCCUUAUCCCACUCACUGUUGGGUGGUUACACCGAACUCAUUUAUUCUGUUGGCUCUGGCUUCUGCUCUUCACUUAAAUUUGACUUCUAGCUUGAACUCUGCAUAGCAUAUUUUAGAAAUAAAAAUAGAAUAGUUUUAGGUGCAUAAUACGCAUAAAAGCCACAAUAGGUUUCUUUGCCAAAUAAUUUGCAUUUUAAGAAUUACCAGGUAGUUUWCUCAGCCUGUUUGAUGCUAGAACAGGUAAGCACCAUUUUUUCACUUUAUUAGCAGCAAACCAGUCACAACCUUGAUACCUUGAUCUGUUUUUAUGUUAACUGUGAGACCAGCAAUCUAACCCAUUCACUACUUCUUUGGAAAGGAAGAGGAAAAAAAGCAUAGAGUAUGUGUUCUUUUCCCCAUCCCUCUGUUUGAAACAAAAUAACAAAAGGUGUAAGCAUGGUGACAAUAGGCAGUUCUUAUAAUUUCCAUCAUUCUUACAAUUUCCUUUUAGUUUUGAAAUUAUGGAACAUAGGGUGGAGGAAACAGUAGCAGGAAAACAGUAAAAAAAUAUGGAGAAAAGGCUGAAGAGAGGAAAGUGGAGAAAGGAAAACUCAAAAAUAGGCAAAGGCAAGAUGAAAGGACUGACAUGGGUGGAGGUGAGUGGWAGACGUUGUUCCAGAUGGGAAAUAUUCAGUGGCUGCUUGGGAAGUGUGAGGGCUGGAGAGCAGCAGAGUGCUGGAAAGGCUGCAGGCAGCUUAGGUUGCUCUGUUUUUGGGAAGAUGCAGCCACUCUCCUGGACUGCAGCCUUCGCUGCCAGAGCUGUGGGACACUGGUUUGGAGCUGAGCUAAAGCAGCAAACAGCACGGUACCCRCAGCUGCAGUGGAUGCGCCAUGGAACAAAGGAACUGCUACAAAGACAAAAGUGCUCUGUAGUACUGAGAGCUCAGGCAAAAGAAUUUAAGGAUGUAUUUUAAAAUGCUUCUCAUCUUUCCACCUAAGCCAGCCUGCUUUAAUAGGCCUCUUCUAAAAAAUGUUCUUUAAACAAAAAAUAUUAAACCAAAGAAAUAUACUUCAGAAAACUCUUCAUAACCAAGCUGUAGCAAUUACUGCCUCUCUUGUUUCUUUCCUAUUCARCAGUUCUUGGUUCUGUUCCCAGGCAUUCACAGCAUUUAAGAUGGCAGACAUGAAAGCUGUGGGCUCUAUUAGUUUUAACUCAAGGUUUAACAGUGAGAAGAAUGUGCAGAGGGCAGUUCAGAUUCUACUUUAGCUGAGUUUUCCAUGGUUCCGUGCCAUGGGCAUUCAAAUAUGUAGGAAGUCAGGUGAAUUUAAUGUAGAUUCUAGGAAUACAUGUGAGUAGAAAUAAGUCAGUAUAAGGUUUUUGAUUUCAUCCCAUAGCAAACCAUUACAAAACAGAGAAAUAAUUAAGGUAAACUUUAUGUAAAAAACAAUCCAAACUCAUUAUAGGUGCAGGUUAGACAACUGGACUUUUACUCGUAGCAACUCUUUGUAAGAAACACAAAAUUUGUGCAUGAAUAGCUGGACUGAUCCCUCUCCACCUUCUGGAGAGCAAUUGAGUUUGGGACAUGAGAGGCACGAUGCUCCCAUUGCUUGGUGUGUUUGGAUUUCUCUUCCAUAAGCCAAAAUAGGUGUUUCCUUAGUUUUUCUGUUGCUGUUUGUGCGAUAACUUCAAGACUCUGCAAAGUGAUUUGCUCUUAGCAGCAUGUAUCUUGCUUAGUUUGGGCACAGAUGUCAUGUGACAGCUUGUUGAAAACCAGAAAGAAACCCAAACCAAAACCAACGAAUCUCAAAUAUUUUUUUGUUUUUUUAAUGGUAUCUUGCCAAGUAUUGUCAUGUUGGUUCCAUUGCUGUGAAGAUGUGUGUGAUUCACAGUUUGGAAAGGAAAGCAGAUUCUAUCCACUUAACUCCUAAGUGGCCCCCUCAAUAGACGGUGUUUUAAACCAGAGCAUUAAGGCCACUCGUGCUUUACCAACUUAGGAGGGGGCAAAUGCCACUGUCCCAUGGUGUGUGGUGCUGCAGAGCUCAUAAAGCUGCUGCAGCAUUCAGCUGCUCUCAGCAGGGCCAAGGCUGGAGAUGAGGUCGUAAGGACAAAACCAUAAAUUAUUGCAAAAAGCAUUGCAUUUGAGCAUUCUGAAAAAGGGCUUUAGUAGGGGGGUAUUUUAGUUUUAGGCCUCUUACAGGAUUGUAAGCCUUUAGGGAAAACAAACAAAAAAMAAUUCAUGUAAUAUUCUCCAUUAUUCCUUCAUUAGUUUGGCUAUUACUACUCUUCCUCCUGCCCACAGAAGCCCUUAUCCCAGCUCCCCCUUCCCAGCCGCCAAAUAAGUUUAUUUUUCCAAUGUAGUGGCUGAGAGGUCACCCAGCUUUAACCACAGCUUUGCUGUUACUSUGGUCAUUUGUAAUGCAAAGCCAACCCCAAGCAUUUUGUUGCUGAAAAUUAAUUUUCUAUUAACUUAGUUGCAAAUUCUUGUGAUGGGGAGAAGCGGGGGAUCUUUCCAUGCAAUCGAGCUGAAGUGGUACUGCUACAACACCCCGAUUUUUUCAAUCACCAGUUGCACUCAGGACAUGUGCUACACUGUAUUCUUUUGGAAUCCAGUAAAUGUCCUUUCUAAACAAACUCUAGGCAUGAACACAGACACACAUUGCAUGAAAUAAAAAUGAUUUCCUGUACUUUUGUGAAAUGUUGGUGCUGUUGGRUAGUACUUUACACAUUUCUGAUCUAAUUUUCCUUUUCUUGCUACUAUGUAUCCUGGUGUUGUGGUUUCAAGUGCAAAAUACCUUGAUUUUUAUUUUUUAAGCAAUACCUGGUAAGCUUCAUUUUUAGCUUCAUUUCUGCUUUUUAGUUCAGUUAUGGGUAUAGAGCAUAAAGUAAUGGAAAAGCUGCAUUACUGAUUUGUGAAGCAAGUUAAGGCAUUUUUAAUGUAAAAUUUCAUAUKCAAGCCCAAAAUGAUAACUUAAAAAUGUAAUGAACUAAGUAAAUGCGUUAGAACCGUUCCCUUGGAAAAAAAAAUGCCCUUUUAGCUUUGUGGCUUGGUUUGUUCACCCUUUCUUAGCAGAGGAAAAGCAGCAGCUCCUUUUGUCACGCUGAACACUGUGCAGUUGGUGACAGCCCAGCACAGCAGUGGAAAUGCAGCAAUGGAGAUGGUCCUGGUCUUCUGCUGCCCUUACGAAUUAUUGUCUCCUCAUCUCACACAGAAACAGCUUCAUUGUGGCAGCUAUUUCUGCAAGGGACAGCUAAUGAAGGCAUUGGGAAAUUCUGUAGAAAAAUAAUGUUCUUUGCAGUCUUUCAUCUAGAAACCCAUUUGAGCGGUGCUCUGUGCAAUACGAGAGCACAUCCUCUCCUCUCCUCCCCAUCAGGUCACCUUAUGAAAAUAUUUUACUGUAGUUCUCUAAGCUUAAAAUCCAGUUGUCUGUUCAGAUUCGUUGUUUCAUUAUGGAGUGUGUCAGAUAAUCCCUCUUGCUUUAACAAGAAAAAAAAAAAGAAAAAAAAAAGGUAUUUCAAACUAGUCCAAAGGUAUGGUCAGUCAUGUAUUACUGUAAUAAGGAUCAUGGGUUUAAAUGUACUCCAUUUUGGUUUCCACCAUGAACAUCUAAUUCCUGUAACAAUGUUGUAUGUUUAUUUAAAUUAUAUAUAUAUAUAUAUAAAUUACAUGUCCGAUUUUUGCAUUAAUUAAGAUUUUUUUAAAUUUGAAUAUAAACUUUGAGUACUUUAUUUAAAAAAAAAUUAAAAAAUACUUUUCCUGGAGUGUUAAGUUAUAAAAUCAAGACUAUAUUUGUCAAAUUUAAGUUUAA